AGUUUCACUGUUCAUUUUGACAGUCCAUUUUGAGAUUCGCAGCAAGACGUGUGUGUGAGUCGGGUGGUGAAUAUUUAUUUUGUUUUUCCAUUUGUGUUUCUUGCAAAAGGUUUUCGAAAAGUGCAACGAUAUUAAAAUAAAUCGAAAGGAAUUUUAUUGAAAUACGCUAGUGCAAAAAAGUGCUGGAAGUUCUGCAGCAAAGACGGCGUUUGCCUGCGCCAACGUGCGCUGCUAUGUAGAAAGCGCUCGUCGGUGUCCACAUAAUCGUCAUCAUCACAUUUAAUAUUGCCAUAACGUGCCCAUAUGAAAAAGAAAUUUUAUAAGACUGAAAAAAGAGCCAUAGGCAGCAAAAUUCAAUAACUUUUUAGUUUUUUAUUUAUAAACGCGUUUGUAAUACGCGGAAAAAGUGAAACUUAGGCGGAACUUGCUUCAGUAGAAGAAAAAUUGCAUAUAUAAUAAAUGGAUUAAAUCUAUUAAUUCUGUGUUGAAAUCCAAUUGGUGAUGACUAGUUUGGAGCGGAGAAUCAAAAAGUAGUGACAAUUGAAACGCAAAAGAAAAAAAAUUCAGAGAAGAAAACGCUUGUGAAAAUAGCGAAAACGACUGAGAAGACACGAAUGAAGAAGCAAUAGGAGGGCGUAAUAAGAUUUUUAUACAUUUUUGUGUCUUGCAUUGUGAAUAGAAGCCGUAUCGGAGGCUGAAAAUAUCGAGUGAAUUAUUUUUUUCAUCAACUGGAAAGUGAAAAAAAUUAAUUUAUAAAAUAAUUCGCAUUUGUUUUAAAUGCGUAAGAACUUUGUGACUAUUUAAUAAUGAAAAUAACUUUAUAACGACAAAAAAAAUAUUAAACGAAACGACAUUAAUUUAAAUAACAAUUAUCACAACGCACUAGACCAAAAUCAAAAGCCUACUAUAAAAUAAAAAGCAUUUGAAUAUUUAAACAAUAUUAAUUGAAAAAAAAAAGCAAUAAUGAGUUCUGUAUCUUCAACGGCGGCGUCUGCUCACUCAGCCGCCUCAACUACAGGCACAGACACCACCAAAAGACUAUUGAUCACACACGUCGAUGCCUUUGGACCGUACUUGCGCAUAUACGGCCAAAUGAAUCAGGACGCAAUGGCUGUAGUACGCAACAAGAUCCAAGAAAUGUUGCGUACCUGUCUAGCCAUCGAUCCGACUUGGCCGGUGCAGCGGCAGCAGUUACCGCUACGUGUUGGCAACAUUUGCCUAUAUAAGUCCAACAAGAAUAAUGCACCGGGGAAUUUUGAAUUUUUGCGCGUACGCAUACUAGACGUCUUAAUUGAUAGUGCACAAAAUGCUACGCAAGGACAGAAACAGCUCGUCAAAGUGGAAGUGGAGUUUAUCGACUACGGCGGAACGGCGCUGGUAGCCAGUUAUGAGCUCCUUUUCCCUGAGCGAACGGAAAUGUUGUCCUCUUUGCCCACAAUAUGCGCGCCUUACAUCCUUUUGGGUAUUUGCAAAGAUUUCAAAACAGAAGAGCUGGAGGAGAUUUCACGUAUUAUUUUGCGUCAAUCAUUGGAAAUAUCCAUUGAUUAUGAAUUUAAACAAUAUAAAUUCAUUACAAUGAAAUGGAAGGAAUUCAAUUUUGCCGAGUUUUUAAUACAUCAAAAGAAAAUAGGUGCUCCCAUCGCAAACGAUUUGCUACGUGAUAAUUUUGCUAAAUUCGUUAAGCAACAAAAUCAAAAGCAACAACAACAACAGCAGCAGCAGCCAACAAAGCCAACUUUAAACGCGCCGCAGCAGCAGCAGCAAAAAACGCACCAUUUAGCGGUAGCACAACAACAGCACGUACAAAAGCAGCCACUGCAGAUGUACCAAGCGCCCGUCGGUAAUGCAAACAACAACAAUUACUAUGGUAUUAAUCACAACAAUAAUGUGACACCAGUGAGUGCUAUAUAUCCUGCUAUUGGGCGUCCACUCGCUUCUCGUCUACAACAAUAUCAAUUCCAGCAGCAACAACAACCACCAUCUGCACAUUUAGCCAUGCCGGCGCAUAUGAUAAUGAAUAUUCAACGUCCAAUACAGCCGCGCAUGCCACACACCAUUGGUAACUUACGUUCGCUAUAUGUGCCUUAUGCUGCGUCCAAUUUUCAACAGCAUGCGCCUUAUAAUAGCUUCCAGCCUAAUGUUAUUGUGCCAACACCAGCCACAACUUCAAUCUCAAGUGUGCCCUACAGUAAUGCCUACAAUACCCGUUAUCUGCGUCCACAACCACAGCAACAGGAAUCGCCUGAGAAAGGGAGUCCAAAUAGCAGCAUAGUGAUUACCUCACCACGUCGCGCCACCACUGCCACUUUUAAAACCAAUAAUUUAACUCUUGGUAAAACUUACGACGUCUACGUUAGCUUCGUGGAGAAUGGUCCCUGUUUGUUUUCGGUACAGUUGGCAAUGGCGCAAGAGGAGCUAACCAAAAUGAUGAAUCGCAUUGAGCGCGUACAGCUGAAACAAUACUCUGAUAAGCCAGUUUUGGGCACAGCUUGCAUUGCACGUUACUCUGAGGAUGGACAGUUGUAUCGCGCAUUGAUUACAGGCGUGCAAACGACAGCAUGCAAAGUUGUCUACAUUGAUUAUGGCAAUGCUGAGCUGGUUAAAUACAAUGAUUUAUACGAAAUUCCAGAUGAGUUCCUUGAGGCGAAGGCUUUCGCCAUACGUUUCACACUGUCAGGACACAAACAAUUGGAGCCCAUCGAUGAGAGUUUGAAGAAAGCGUUUAAGGAUUUAAUGAUGUACAAGAAUUGCCAAUUGAAAGUGAUGCCCUUGGAGGGUCCACCAUUGGUGCAAUAUUGCGAAUUAUAUUUACAGCGCCAAAACGUACUCGAUGUGUUGAAAGAGAUACAAAAAUGUCGACUUGUAUAUCCGAAAUCACAGAACUUAAAUAACAAUGACAUUGUGGAAAUUCGUUACAUCGAUUCGCCAAAGCAUUUCUAUGUGCAAAAAGUCGAUAACAUUGCGAAAUUUGAGCAGCUUAUGGAUGAUAUGUUUUUGUAUUACAAUAAAAAUCAGGUUGUGCCCACUCACUUGGCACUUGGUGCGCCUUGUAUAGUGAAGUUUGAGAAUGAGUGGUAUCGCGCAGAGGUGAUGCGUGCUGACUCAACAGCCACCAUUGUACGUCACGUCGAUUUCGGUUAUGAACAGAAGGUCACCAAAAAUUUGCUCAGCACCAUAGCCGAGAAACAUUUGAAACUGCCGCGCCAAGCCAUCCAGUGCUGUCUGAAAGGAUUCGAAAAUAACGAGCUUAGCAAAGAUUUAGCCACGAAUCAAUUCGAAAUGCUUGCCGAAGAAUCGAAUCGUCAACGUCGUACCUUUACCGUCAAAGUCUUCCGUAUACAGCCCGAUGGCGUGCAUCUGGUGAACCUUUGCACGAAAGACUUGAACGUAAUGAAAAAGCUGUAUAAAUUAUCCAUGCCCUUCGAACAGUACUUAACAUUAGAGAAAGAAGAGUUUAACGUACAGCCACACAACGGACAGCAGAAUAGACAGAGCGGCGGACAUGAGAAUGGCAACAAAACUCCCUCGAUUGCCUCCUCAAAUGAUGUUGCCUCUAUGCAGUCGAGCAAGAAGGCAGCACAAAUACUCAAAAGCAAUGAACAUAUGCAACCGAAAAUGCAACAACCUCAACAGCAACAUCAGCAGCAGACACGAAAACAGGCGAACUCGCGCAAUGCAAACAGCAAGGCAAGCAGCGUGUCCGGCAGUGUACCACCCAACAGUAGUGUGCAGGGCACACUUUCCGUGGAGUGGGAUAAACACAGCUCGGCCAGCUCAAUGGAUAAUCGGGAUUCGCGUUCAAGCUCCAGUGAAAUGAAACAUGGUAGACGCCAGCAACAGCAGCAGCAGCAAAAUCAGCGACAAGGCGGACGCGGCGCGCAACAAAACUUAAAUAAUAGCAACAGUAGCAGUGGCGGCGCUGAAAAACGCAGCAUGAAUAGUGCUGCUAGUAAUGUUAGCGGCUAUAAUCACAAACGAACUGACGCCAAUCAAAUACCACCUCGUUUCCAAAAGGAAAAUCGACGCCAAAAGAAGGAGCAACAGGCAUCAACGCCACCACGUCAACAGCGUCCACAAAAUGCACCACAAGGUUACUCACAGCAACGUAAUAAGACUGCCGCCGCCGCCGCAUCCGCAUCAAGUGCUUCCAGCAAUGCUGCCUCGCAACGCGCCAGUGAUGUCGCUUCUGAAGUAGGCAGCUAUGCAAGUGAAUUCAAUGAACAAGCGCAGCAACAACAACAACCUCCAGCAGCACAAGCGCCAGAUGAAUAUGUGCCGUUGAAUCAAGCAUUCCCAAUACAACAUUUGGAUACGCCAUCACGCGAAGACGUAAUCAUUUGCUGGUGGAUUUCACCACAUCAAUUCUAUACACAUCUAAAGACACGUCUUCCCGAAUUCGAGCGUUUCAUGCGCGAAUUACAAAUGUUUUAUAAAAAGAAGUCGCUUCAACAGUUGCAGUUGAAAGUGGGCUCAUAUGUCAUAGCUCGGUAUCGUAAGGAGAAUCUUCUCUAUCGAGCACGUAUACUUGCUUGCAAUCAAAUGUUGCGCAAAUACAAAGUGCAAUUCGUCGAUAUUGGCAAUCAGUACACUGUUACCUCGGAGGAUAUUUGGCAAGUGGAGAAACGUUUUGCCAGUCUGCCUGUUAUGGCACAUCUGUGCAGCUUCAGCGGCAUAAUUUCCAAUUACGAUCAUCUCUAUAUAAUAGAUCGUAUGGAUAAAUAUUUGCCGGCGGGCGCAACAUUGAAUUGUGAAUAUAUGGAGCGUGAGCAGGAGAUGUAUUAUGUCAAUGUUAAAUUGAAUGGCAUUUCGCUGAAAGAGACUCUCAAGUCCGAGGGCAUAAUCACCGAAGUGGCACCGGAAUUGCGCUUGAGUUUGCUGGCAGGCCAGCAAAUACGCGUUAAAAUCACAUAUGUCAAGGAUAUGCUGAAUUUCAAAAUACAAGUGGACGGGCUCGCUGGAAACGUGCAACUUCUAUGCUCUUAUGACGAUGUACGCUAUGUAAAAUCAAAUCCUGACAUUGCUGUCAAGUUUAAAUCAUUUUACGAGGGCAAAUCUUGUGUGGUCAACAUAAAGGAUGUCAAUGACAACAAAGUCAUUCUACUACGUCCUCUUGUACCACUGCUGAAGGAUGAUGUUUCAACCUUUAUUUGCCAACAACCAGUUGUUUUGGAGAGUUUCGAGGCACGUGUUGUGCAUGUAGCAAGUGCAUAUCGCGUGUUCGUGCAUACCAACGCAUUGGCAGAUAAAAUGACGGAAUUGUUGAACGAAAUGUAUGAAUACUACGAAACAAACGGCAAACCUCUGGAAUCCUUAGAAACGGGUCAAAUUUGUGCAGCUAAGGGCAGCGAUGGAAAUUGGUAUCGGGCGCGCAUCACACCGCAAAUCACAAACGGUAUUGUCGAAGUACAUUAUAUAGACUAUGGAAACACGGAAAAAUUAACUGAGGAUAAAUUGAGAAAUCUAGAAGAGAAAUUCUAUAUAGACUGCAAUUCCUACGCAAUCGAAUUAAACUUGCCGGUGCGCACGCUAACUGCAGAUGCGCAACACAAGAGUGCAAAAUCGAAGAAACCGUCAAAUGUAACAGCCAAUGCUGACGCGUCGGCAAUGGAUAAACUGAAACAGCUAACACUCGUGGGCGAGCCGGUAUUGACAGUGAAGGCGCUGGAAGUGCAACGCAAUCAUUUGAUUGCCGAGCUCAUUUUGACUAGCGGUGAGAAUGUCGUGGACACACUACUGAAAUCACAGUUAAUUAAGUCACGUGAUGUUGAUUUCAUGCGUAAGCAAUUGGAAAAGGAUGAUACAAAUAUGUAUGAAUAUAUUGAAAUGGUCGACUUGACGCUCGAAGAGGAAGACGAUGUGGAAAAGAAGUCGACGGGCAGGAGCAAAAAUUCUGCUUCACCCAAAAAGAAGAAGCACGCCGCGAAGUCAGAGGAAAAGUCGGAGAAAACUAUGAAAAAAGAGAUCGCAACACCAAAAAUAUCUGAGUUGGAGAAGAACAAAGCGUGUGAAAAUCCAAUUGUUGUGCAAUCACCUAUUAUCAUAGCCGAUACGCCGCCACAAACUCCAGCACAAUCGUCAUUAGAUGUGCAGGAAAACAAAACUGUAGCUGCAACAGUACCAUCAACGCCAGCGCCACCACCUGCGACACCAACACCUCCACCCACGGUCGCAUCAGAACCACAAUCCGUUGCUGAGUCGGAAACGGAGUCGAUUGAUCCAUACGCCGACAUGGAGCACGCUAUACUGGGGCACUGCGACAACCCCGGUCAAUUCUAUCUACAUCCCUACCAUAAAAUGGAGGAGCUGCAUAAGCUGCAAGAGGAUUUGCAAAUUAUCUCCAGCUCAUUGCCAUCGCUGAUGGUCGUGGCCAAUGGCGCGCUAUGCAUAUCAUAUUAUUCCGUCAACAAGCAGUGGUAUCGCGCAAAGAUCAUCGACGCCGAGUUGAUGGUAUUGCAGUUCAUCGAUUAUGGCAAUACAGAUUGCGUAUCCGACACGACGCACGUGCGGGAGAUGAGCUGCUGCAAUGACAUUGAACCCUUUUGCAUGCAAUGCUCGCUGCCGAUCAAACCAAACGGCACUGCCGACUGGGUCGAUGCCGCUAAUGCGAUCUUUAGCGAUUCACAUGGCAAAGUGGUGAGUUUCGAGUAUAUCACACAUGGCGAGAAGAAUAAGCGCAGCUUUAUUAAUCUACACAUUGAUGGCGUAAAUGUGGCCGAGCGGCUGGUAGAAGACGGUUUCGCCAAACACUUGGAGUUGGUUGAUUCCGGCGAGAAUUGCUACAUAUCACAUGUGAAUAAUAUCAACGACUUUUACAUACAAUACGAAAAGGACUCGAAAGCAUUAGAGCUGAUCGAAAUCUACUUGGCAGAGUAUGAGAAACUCAAGAAGCUUGAAAAAUUCGAACGUGACAAGAUCGUGGCUGCACUAUUCCCCGACGACGAGAUGUGGUAUCGUGCCAAAUUACUGAAACAAAUACCAAAUCAGGGCUAUGAAGUGCUAUUCAUCGACUACGGCAACACCUCCGUAAGUCCAGAGUGUCGUGAGAUCUCCGAGGAGAUAGCGAAAUUGCCACCUUUGUCAAAGAAAUGCGCUUUGGAAUUGCCCGAUCAUUGUUUGGUCUGGUCCGAAGCGGCUGAGGAGAAAUUCAGCGAGAUUGCUGCACAAGGUGAGACCAUAUUCACCGUAGAGUUGCGUGAACCGGCAGUCAAUUAUGCCUUGGUACAUCUGCUAAUCGACGGUCACAAUAUAAACGACGAUCUCGAACCGCUUUGCGAGCACAAACCCAUUGAAGUCGAUCUAAAUAUGAGCUUCAACACGACCAUACAAUCGUCUGUCUUCGAAAGCGGCAAAGUGUACGAUGCCGUAAUCUCACAUGCGAAUUCGCCCGCCGAUUUUUACGUGCAAUUCAGCAAGGACUCUGUACGGCUCGACGAUAUGACCAAGUGCAUGAAUUCGCUAGGCAUGGAUGCGCUUAAAGAUGUCGAAGUUGGCCAAUUCUGCGCGGCCGUCUACAGCGAAGACGAGGCAUUAUAUCGUGCGCGUAUACUGGAAAUAACCGACGUUGAAAGCGGCGAUCGGCAACAGUAUCGCGUAAUAUUCAUCGACUUCGGCAAUGAAGCCAACACGGACGAUGUCCGCAUAUUGCCGCACGACUUGCAAGCGCUGCCUGAGUUCGCCAGACACUGUCAAUUGGCCGGCGUUGCCGAGGAGAUUGGAGAGCAGAAAGCGCAAGUGGCCAUUGAUGCCUUCGGCCAGUUGGUGGACGAGUGUGAGGGUCUGGUGAAAAUUGAGUUCAUGGAGAGCAAGGAGGGCACCAUGCCGGUACAGGUGAAACUAUAUGCUGCCAGUGGCGGCGAAGAUUUGGGCGAACGAUUGCAUGCCAUAAUCGAGAGUAUUAGCGCGAACGCCACCGCCGUGAUGGGCACAUCACAAAUCGCCGAAAAUACAUGCGUCAUAUCACACGCCAUUUCACCAACGCAUUUCUACAUACAACCCAAAGUGAACUCCCUAAAUAUGGAUGUGGUGUCCAAGGCGUUAACAAAGUCAACUGUUGAGCAGCUGUCCGCUUUGCAAGUGGCUGAUGUGGGUAGCGUCUGCUGCGCCUACUCCGUCGAAGAUGAUUGCUAUUAUCGCGGUCGUGUGCAAAAGGUGUUGGCCAGCGAUGUUGGCUACGAGAUAUACCUGCUCGACUAUGGCAGCACCAUAACUGCCGCGAGCAUAUAUGAGAUGCCCGCUGAAUUGCGCGCCAUACCGGCGCUCGCAUGGAAGUGCAAAUUGAAUGUUGUGCCCGAAGCGCCAGAAAAACUACUGAACGAUUGCUUUGCAGCGCUGCUCGAAUCGCAUUUCGGUGAAAUCUACACAAUCGAAUCGGACGAAAUCACAGAAGAGGCAGAUGAACGCGUGCACAUUGUCAAGUUGCAAGCGAACUACAAAGAUUUGGCUGAGGAAUUGACAGAAGCGGUGUCGAAAGGUGAUGCCGAAAAGGCGGUGGCAGCGCUCACUUCAGUGCCCACGCUACACAAUUGCACAAUCAUACAUGUGAACACGCCCGCAUCCUUCUACAUACAAUUGGCCGAUGAUGUGCCAGCCGUGGAGAAGAUCACCGAUGUGCUCUUAGAUGCCGAAAACGAUUUUGAAGUGUAUAACGAUCUGUGUGUUGGCGCCAUCUGCGCGGCGCAAUUCCCCGACGAUUUGGCCUACUAUCGUGCGGAGAUCGUGCGUGUGCUGGAGGAGGGUAAAUGCGAGGUGCACUACAUGGACUUUGGCAAUAAUGCAGUGACGGAUCAAUUCCGUGCGCUGCCACAGCAUAUGUUGAAUGAGGGAGCGUACAGCAAACACUGCGCCUUGGAUGUGAACUGGGCGAGCAAUUACGAUGGUUGUGCGACCUUUGCGCAGUUAAUUGAUUCACGUUUCUCCGAGACAUUCCAGGUUGAGUUUCUGAAGACCAGUGUAGAACCGAAAAUCUGUCGUCUCUUCUAUCAGGACAAAGAUGUGGCCAACGAGGUGCUGCAAGUGCUGAAGAGUGGCGCGUGUAUGUCGAACGGCAACAAUGACGUGACUGAGUAAUUUUCACAUUUAUAGCUAAGUAUUUAUUUGUGUGGGCGACUUUAUGUUAGUUGCACGACUGCGCAAUACUGCAAGACUUAUCAGCAAAUUAGAGUGAGAUGUGAGCCGUUACAUACGCUGCUGACAUGUGGAGCGCAAGCUUCGAACCGAUAAGCGAAACUGAAGUUGCGUUGCUAGAAAAGCGACAUUUUUGUAGCAACUCGUUGAGAGCAAAGUAUACAUAUGGACAUUUGUGUGAUAUACAAACAUAUUAUAGAUAUUCAUUUAAUUUUGUUACACUUGAGAAAUGCAUAUUUGGCGGAAUGCGUAUUUAAUGAGUAGAAAUUGAAAAUGAUAUUAAGAAAUUGUGCCAAUUUUUGGGGCAGAAAAUGAAAUUCUAAAUGUAAAUGAAGUGUUAGUGGAAAAUUAGAUUUUUCUGGGAAAACUUUUUUUAUACUAACUUUUUAUAAAUGGAAUUAGUUGAAGCGAUGUUGGUUUUUUUAAUGCUUUUAAUUUUCUUUCUCUUUGGAAAAUCGAGAAAGCAAUGAAGCUUAUUUAACUCUAAUUUUCAAAUACGUGGAAUUCUUCAAUAUGUAAAAUGAGUAGCAGUUUUUAUUUUAUUUUAAGGCGAUGCAAAAUUUAAAUAUCGCAGGUUUUUAGUUUUAAUUUUUUUUUUGUUUUUUUAGUUUUCUCUUUUUGAUUUUUAACGAGUUUCGGUUGCAGGCAAAUUAUUCAUAAUAAAUAAAUAAAUUGUAAAGUCCAGGAAAAGUUACGGAAAAUGCUAGAGUGUGUGCUUGAGUAGUAAUUGGGGGGAGGGGGCGAAAAGUGGAUCUCAAGCCAAGAAAACUAAAAAAAAUGAAAAAAAUGUUAUAUGAUUUUAAAACGAAAAUAAAAAUCUCGAAAAUGAACAAAAAA